AUGGCACCGUCACUUCUUUUUUUCUUCGGUUCUGAUAAAUAUAUCGAUGAUUGGAUUGAAGAAAAAGAAUUCAAGAAGUAUUACAAUGAAAAGGACUUCUAUAGUCCCGAAAGAAUGAGGGUGUCGAAAGAAUCGGAUCCGAAGGAUGUAGUGAGAAGAAUGGAUAAAUACGAGCAUAAGAAAAACAAAGAUGUCUAUUUGCAUGUCCUAAUUCCUGGCCAUAAAAAGGAGAAGCGCCCUAGUCUUUUCGGUGGUGGUGUAACUGAGCACAAAGGUCCUCCUCAGAAGUCAAUGACAAACCUAAACAUGCCUAUUAAUUUUAACGUUUUUGGAAGGCAAACUAUCAACAUCAGUGUUGAUGAUGGGGAAUCAGAUUCCCAUCAUGGAUCUAGAAGUCGCGGUGACGGCAAGGAGAGGGAACAUAGACAUCGUGGUGAGGGUGAGAAGAGAGAGCAUAGACAUCAUCGGCGUCGGGGAAGCGGCGAUUCUCAAGACAACAGAGACGCUUCUCGCGAUCGUCGAGAAAGACGUAGAAAUCGCUCUCGCGAUACCCUUCGUGGAAAGGAAAGCGAGAAUGGCAGAUCUGAAAAUCGAGGAAAGGGACCUGAUCUCGCGAGAGAGAGAAAGGAUGGUCGUACAAAGCAUAGAGAGGAUAACUUGGAGUCUGAAGAUUCUGGGACAGAAAUUUCUAGACCCUCUGGAAGAGCACCGACUGUGAAUCGGUCCUCUGUAAAGGGACAUAGAUCCAGAGAUGACUCUAAGCGAGAAAUAACUGAAGAGGAUCUUCCAGAAAUAGACGCACUUUCUCUUGUAUCUUCUCAAAGGCCACUCACUGAGCAGAGGUCCUCUAUAAAAGGCUCUGUAAAAGGAUAUGGGUCCAGAGAUGGCUCUAGACGAGGAAUACCUGAAGAAGAUCUUCCGGAAAUAGAUGCAAUUUCUCUUGUAUCUUCUCAAAGGCCACCCACUGAGAGGAUGUCCUCUAUAAGAAGCGCUGUAAAGGAACAUAGGUCCAGAGAUGGCUCUAGAUAG